UUGUCUGUUGUUGUUGUCGUUUGUUUGGGUCCAAAAUGAGCUCCUGGCGUGACAGUCUCACCAACAUUCCGGGAACAGUGGCGAACUUCAUCAACGAGAGCGCCAGCACUGCGUCCAGCUACCUGCACUCGCAGGCGUCCACCCGUUCGCCCACGCCCACUGCAACAGUUGGAUCUGCGUCCGAGGAGAGUGCGCCACAGGGGGAAUACAAGGCGCUGCCCAUACCCGCGUCGCUGGUGAAGGAGCAGUGGCGGCUGAUCUUCACGUCCGAUGCCAACCUGCAGGACUUGAAUGCAGCCAUCGCCCACUGCCGCGAUCUGGUGCUGCUCAGCGAAGAGUGCAGCGAGGAGAGACGCUGGCUGGUCCGCCAUUUGGUGGACCUCCGCUACUCGCUGCAAGAGCUGGAGGAGGCCCAGGCUCUGGCGUCGGAUGUGGUGCUCAUGAAUGCCAUCAAGGCCGUGGUGGGUCACCACUUUGUGCCGCACCACCCGCACGGCAGGAAAAACAGGCUUCAGGUCGCCGCCAAGCGCUUCUACUGUGACCACUGCACAGCGAUUAUCUGGAGUGUGGUGCAGGCCUCGUACAUAUGCAGCGACUGCGGCUACUUGGUGCACCAGAAGUGCAUCGACAAUGUCAAGAGGGUGUGUGCCAACGUCCUGGUCUCGGAGCGACAGCACCCCAUAUCGGAGAUCUGCCCCGAGAUAGGACUGGCUGCCCAGAACUACAAGUGUGCCGAGUGCGAAACGCUGCUGAACUUGAAGAGCUCUUGGAUUGAGCCGCGGCUGUGCGACUACAGUGGCCUCUACUACUGCCCCUCGUGCAACUGGAACGACAAUUGCUUCGUGCCUGCUCGCAUAAUCCACAACUGGGACUUCUCUCCCCGACGGGUGUCUCGGGCGGCGUUGCAGGAGAUCCGGCUGUUCCUGGACAGGGCGCUGAUACGACUGGAGGAGGACAAUCCGAAGCUGUUUGUGUUCGUCGAGAAGCUCUGUGCCGUGAAGAAACUGCGCCAAAAUCUCGUUCACAUGCGCCACUAUCUGGCUGCCUGCAAGCUGGCCAUGGAACAGAAGCUGGUGGAGCAGCAGAUGGCCGGCAGACGCCACUUGGCCCAGUCCAAUGAGUUCUACUCGCUGAGCGACCUUACUCAAGUGGAGUCCGGCGCCUUGACGGAGUUUCUGCAGGGUGUCUUCAGGGCAUUCGGUGACCAUAUUCGGUCCUGCGACAUGUGCCUGGCCAAGGCGUACAUUUGCGAGAUUUGCAGCAACAACGAAGUGAUCUUCCCCUUCGACGACGGCUGCAUCAAGUGCGACCAAUGCAACUCCAUUUACCACAGAGUGUGCCUCACGCGCAAGAACAUGAUAUGUCCAAAGUGUGUCCGCAUCCAGGAGCGCCGACUGCAGCUCGAUAGAAUGAACAGCACGGAAGAUGCCAAAGUUGUGCCUGAGGGUCAUCCCGAUGUGGUGGAGUAGUCGCUUGUACCGCUUGUGUCUGUUCAAGUCUUUUAAUAUGUGAAUCGUAUGUACAUAAGAUGUAACUAGAAAAUAUAUUAUUAUUGCUAUUAUUGUGAUCCUUA